AAUGUUCUCGUGUACAUGUUUUUUCCUCCCUCAUUUUAUAUAAUAAGCUACAAAGAACAUUCUCUUAUCUUUUUCCACUCUUAAUAAUAGCUUCUCAUUCUUCACUCUCAUUUUUGUGUGUGUUUGAAGCAUAAGGUUUUUGAUGUCUGUGCCAUUAGAACAAGGCUAUGGUGGUGGUGAGGUUCCUUCAAUGGAAGCCACUGAGAGGAACAUUGGAUUGAACCUCAAAGCUACUGAACUGAGGCUUGGGUUACCUGGCUCUGAGUCACCAGAGAGAGAAAAUGGUGGGUUGUCCAUGCUCAAGUGUUUGGUGUCUGGAGCUAAGAGGGGGUUCUCUGAUGCUAUUGAUGGAGGUUCUGGGCAAUGGGUUGUCUCUGGAAAUGGUGGAUCUGAAGUGGGGUUGUGUAAAGAUGGAAACUUGUUUUCUCCUAAAGGGAAAAAUGGUGUUGGUGUUGAAUGCAAUAACCAACAGAAUCUUUUUUCUGCAACAGUUGUUAAAGAAACUGUUCCUCACUCUCCUAAGACCUUGCAUGAGAAUAAUAAACCACAGAUUUCUCCUCCUUCUGCUAAGGCGCAGGUUGUAGGAUGGCCACCAAUCCGAUCUUUCAGGAAGAACUCAAUGGUUACUCCGCCUCAAAAGAACGAUGCUGAUGCAGAAGCCAAAUCUGAAUGUCUCUAUGUAAAAGUUAGCAUGGAAGGUGCACCCUACUUGCGGAAAGUGGAUCUGAAUGGUUUUAGCUCUUACAGGGAACUUUCUUCCGCACUCGAAAAGAUGUUCAGUUGUUUUACAAUCAGUCAAUGCGGCUCAUACGGGGUUUCUAGUCAAGAAAAAACUUUAAGCGAGAGUAGAUUGGUGGAUCUUCUUCAUGGUUCAGAAUAUGUGCUAACCUAUGAAGACAAGGACGGUGACUGGAUGCUAGUCGGUGAUGUUCCGUGGGAGAUGUUCACCGAGUCUUGCAAGAGGCUGAGGAUAAUGAAGAGUUCCGAAGCAAUCGGGCUAGCACCUCGAGCCAUGGAAAAGUGCAAAAGUCGGAACUAGCGCGAUAGCGAUACAAUGUGUGAGUUGUAUACUGAUCCGUAAAGAUCGAAGAUCGCAUUUAUUCUUGUUUGCUUAUGUAUGUAUAAUCCUAAUCCUAUUCUAUAUACAAGAAUGGAGUCGCAAACUCCUAAACUUUAUAGUAGGCCAAAUAUAUUGAUGACAAUGUAUUAGGCAUUUUGGUGUAGACGUUUCUCAAGGUAUCUUAGGUUUGUCAUUAGUAUAUAAAUUUUGUAUUUCUCUGUUAACUUGUUCGCAUUCUCUCUUCAAGUUAAUGUAAGUGAGGUUUUUGUUUGUUAUAGAAAGGUAAGAAACAAAGAACAGCAUGCUUUCUUUUCUUAUAUUUUGGACGUGUGAUCAAUUAUCAAUUGUUUUGGUACA